AUGGCUGCUGUUACAAAUAACACACCAAUACCAAAUUCAGUUGUAACAUCCACUCGUUUCACUGAUGAAUAUGAUCUUAAAGAAGAACUUGGCAAAGGUGCAUUUUCAAUUGUAAGACGAUGUAUACAAAAAAGUUCUGGACAAGAAUUUGCUGCAAAAAUUAUUAAUACAAAAAAAUUAUCCACUCGAGAUCAUCAAAAACUCGAAAGAGAAGCUCGUAUUUGUCGACAAUUAAAACAUCCUAAUAUUGUUCGUCUUCAUGAUAGUAUUGCUGAAGAAAAUUUUCAUUAUCUAGUUUUCGACCUAGUUACCGGUGGUGAAUUAUUUGAAGAUAUUGUUGCUCGAGAAUUCUAUAGUGAAGCAGAUGCUAGUCAUUGUAUUCAACAAGUACUUGAAGCUGUACGGCAUUGCCAUGAAAAUAAUAUUGUACAUAGAGACUUAAAACCGGAAAAUCUUUUACUUGCUAGUAAAACAAAAGGUGCAGCUGUCAAGCUUGCCGAUUUUGGUCUUGCCAUUGAAGUCAAUGGUGAACAAACACAGUGGUAUGGUUUUGCUGGAACUCCUGGUUAUCUUAGUCCUGAAGUACUUAAAAAAGAACCCUAUGGUAAACCCGUCGAUAUAUGGGCAUGUGGUGUUAUUUUAUAUAUUCUCCUUGUCGGUUACCCACCAUUUUGGGAUGAAGAUCAACAUCGUUUAUAUAAUCAAAUAAAGGCUGGCGCCUAUGAUUAUCCAUCACCUGAAUGGGAUACAGUAACAACUGAAGCAAAACGUUUGAUUGAUUCAAUGCUUAAUAUUAAUCCGAGUCGACGUAUUAGCGCGACUGAUGCUCUUAAACAUCCAUGGAUUUGUCAACGAGAACGCGUUGCUGGUACGAUUCAUCGACAAGAGACUGUUGAUUGUUUACGUAAAUUCAAUGCACGACGAAAAUUAAAGGGAGCUAUUUUAUCAACAAUGUUUGUCAACCGUACAUUAAUACCUAGUAAUCGGUCUCGACCAACAACUCAAAGUGGUAAUAGUGCCAUUAAAGAAUCCGGCGAUAGUAAUAGUGCAACUAUUGAUGAUGCCAAUGAUAUUGAACGAAUUGAUCGAUUAAGCUUAGAAAUAACUAAAGUAACCGAACAAUUAUUACAAGCAAUUGCAAAUAGUGACUAUGAAAUGUAUAAAUUACUAUGCGAUCCAAAAAUAACUUGUUUUGAACCUGAAACUAUAGGAAAUCUUGUUGAAGGUCUUGAUUUUCAUAAAUUUUAUUUUGAUACAGUCUUAUCGCCUAAAGCAAGUAAACCAACAAUUAAUUGUACAAUGUUAACACCAGUUGUGCAUACAUUAGGAGAUGAAUCAGCUUGUAUAGCUUAUGUUUUACUUCUUCAAUAUAUUGAUCGAAAUGGUCAACCACAAAGUGUCCGAACAGAAGAAACUCGUGUAUGGCAUAAAAAAGAUACUCGUUGGCAAUGUGUUCAUUUUCACCGUUCUGGUAUGCCAAUUGCUGCAGCCAUAAAAUCUUCAUUUUCAACUACAUUAUUAUAA